UCCAAUGUUCUUGUGAUUUGACUCCCUCCUUUUCUGAAUUCUUCAUGUUUUUCUUUCAAUCUUCAACAGAAAAAUUCAUAUUGUGUCCUUGCAUCUCCUCCCUUUAGAAUGAAACUGUUCUGAAUACAAGAACGCAAUUAAUUAUAAGCUGGAAGAAGGUCAAUUCUCUCCCUAAGCCUCUUCGUUUUGUGAUAUACCUAGAUUAGGUCAAGGGCACAAGUCUACUAUUUUUGUUAUGAGAUGUGUCAUUUGAAUUUACCAUUUGGUUUUGUUUGAUCACGUUUUGAUAUAGGGAGUGAAUGUUGAGCCAAUGAGAAGCAAAUCUUGAUUUGAUUGUGUAAAAAGUUGAUGGGAAACCGCUGUGCAAGAACUCCUUGUUGUAGAAAGUUAUGGUCAUGUAUAUGCUGCAGCAGCAACAAGGACGAGGCUCAAGCCAGAAGCCAACAUGGGUUCAAAGGAAAGGUCCAUCCGGUAACCAAAAUCGAGAAAUGGGAAGAAAAGAUCACAGAAGCUAACAACAAUGGCAUGAUUCUUGUGGUGUACUUCAGCGCACCGUGGUGUGUACCGUGUAAAAAGAUAGAACCAGUAUUCAAAAAACUUGCUUCUAUAUACCCUUCAAUGAUAUUUGUAACCAUUGAUGUCGAAGAACUCGCUGAGUUUAGUGAUGAAUGGAAUGUAGAAGCUACACCAACUAUAGUGUUCCUUAAAGAUGGGAGACAAAUGGAUAAGCUUGUUGGUGCUGAAACCUCAGAGCUUCAGAAGAAAACAGCUGCUGCUGCAGAUCUCUUACUCAAAAAACCAUAAAAUCUUAACCAACAGAAGAGAAACAGAGUUAGGUUUUCUUCCGUUGUCUGUCACAAAUUUGUUCAGAGGAAGUGAUUUCAAGAAGUUACUUGCGGAUGAAACAAAACAUGGAGAUGAUGGAGAAGCGUUUGGUGCGGAAGGUUUAUAUAGCAGCCAUGUCUUCUCUAGUUCUCAUUUGUGAAAAUGCAUUUGUUUCUCUUUUAUAUAAUAUUCUCAAAUGGUUAUCAUGUUCCCAACAGUAAAAGAAAACCUUCUAGUACAUAUUUGUUUAAAAUUCUUCAUUGAUUUUUAG